UACACUGGUUCUAAUAUGAUUUUUUUUCCUUUUAUACAUUUGCAGGAAAGCAAAGGAGAAGCUCAAGCAGCAUCUGGUCAAAAAUAUAAAACCAUCCUGGUGUCCUGUGAGAAUGGCCUUCGUAUCAUAACACUCAAUCGUCCAGAGAAGAAAAAUGCCAUCACUGUUGAAAUGUAUAAUGAGUGGAUUGAAGCUCUGAAAGAGGCAGGAGAAGAUCCCAAUACAGUUAUUACUGCCAUCACAGGAUCUGGAGAUUACUAUUGCUCAGGAAAUGACCUUUCCAAUUUCACCAAUAUUGAUCCAAGUAAUAUGCACCAAUAUUCCCAGGAAUCGGGAAAGCUUUUGAACAGGUGAAUAUAUCUUAACUUGAUUU